UUUAAAUACCUUAUUCAUCUGUAGUCUAACCAUUUUUUUUCAAAGGUUAAUAUAUACAGUUCUGAAUAAAUUAGACUGGUGUACCUAAUAAUCUGUCAACUUUUUUUAUGGCUCUAGAACCUUCUAGGCUUUUUCUCUCUUAUAUUCAAAGCUUGUAACCCUAUCAGAUUCUCAUAUAAAAUCACAUACAGCUUUAAGACUUCAAAUCUAUCUAUCUAUCUAUCUAUCUAUCUUUCGCGUCUCUGCUCGGUUUACUACCCGCAGUACAUUUUUAUUCAGGCAAAGCGAGAGGCGCCUUGCUCGUGACGUCAUCUACGUCCGACCUACGUUGUGCAGUGUGAGGACCUGGCGGUGUAUGGUGUUUGGAAACACUUUGUGAUACGAAAUUAAUACGAUCAACUCGUAAAUCCGGUGCCAGAAUUGUUUGUUGAAGCCACACCUGAUAAGAGCUUCGCACCAUGGAGGCAGAUCUGUACGACGAAUUCGGUAAUUACAUCGGGCCAGAACUGGACUCUGAUGAGGAUGAAGAUGUAGAGGCAGAGGACAGAGAUGCUGUUGAGGCAGAUGAGGAUGAGGAGGAUGAAGACCAGGUGGAUGGUGAUGAGGAUGGUGGUGGCAUGGAGGUAGUUUUGCAUGAGGAUAAGAAGUAUUACCCGACUGCAGAGGAAGUCUAUGGGCCUGAAGUGGAGACUAUCGUCCAAGAGGAGGACACACAACCACUUACUGAGCCUAUUAUAAAGCCUGUGAAGACGAAGCAGUUCACUCUGACAGAGCAGGAGCUGCCAGCUACAGUUUAUGAAAUGGAAUUUCUCGCUGAUUUAAUGGACAGCUCCGAGCUGAUCAGAAAUAUCACUCUGUGCGGACAUUUACACCACGGAAAGACAUGCUUUGUGGACUGCCUGAUUGAACAAACUCAUCCGGAAAUCCGUAAGAGAGACGAUGCAGAUCUGCGCUAUACAGAUAUUCUUUUCACCGAACAAGAAAGAGGAGUCGGUAUUAAGAGCACACCUGUGACAAUGGUACUUCCUGACUCAAGAGGGAAAUCCUACCUGUUCAAUAUUAUGGACACUCCAGGUCACGUGAACUUCUCGGAUGAGGUUACAGCGGGAAUCAGGCUUUCAGAUGGGAUUGUGCUGUUCAUUGACGCUGCUGAGGGGGUGAUGCUGAACACAGAGCGUUUGAUCAAACAUGCCGUGCAGGAGCGGCUAGCCAUAACCAUCUGCAUCAACAAAAUCGACCGGCUGAUCUUGGAGCUCAAGCUUCCUCCCACUGAUGCCUACUACAAACUGCGCCAUAUCGUUGACGAGGUCAAUGGCAUGCUCAGCACAUAUACAACUGACGAGUCUCUAGUGGUGUCUCCUCUUCUGGGCAACGUGUGUUUCGCUUCCUCACAGUACAGCAUCUGCUUUACGCUCGGGUCUUUCGCCAAGAUCUACUCUGAUACCUAUGGUGACAUCAACUACAACGAGUUUGCAAAGAGACUCUGGGGAGACAUCUACUUCAACCCCAAGACGAGGAAGUUUUCUAAAAAAGCCCCCAACAGUAACUCGCAGCGGAGCUUUGUCGAAUUCGUACUGGAGCCGCUCUACAAGAUCCUCUCACAGGUGGUCGGGGAUGUGGACACUUCACUGCCACGUGUACUGGAUGAAUUGGGGAUCCACCUGACCAAAGAGGAGCUCAAACUCAACAUCCGGCCUCUCCUGCGACUCGUCUGCAACCGCUUCUUUGGGGAGUUUACAGGGCUUGUGGACAUGUGCGUACAGCACAUCCCAUCUCCUCAAGGGGGCGCCAGAGCCAAGAUUGAGCACAGUUACACCGGAGGACUGGAUUCAGACCUGGGGGAGGCCAUGACUGAGUGUGACCCUGAUGGUCCGUUAAUGUGUCACACCACUAAGAUGUACAGCACAGAUGACGGAGUGCAGUUCCACGCCUUUGGUCGGGUUCUGAGCGGAACGCUGCAGGCGGGGCAGCCGGUGAAAGUUCUCGGAGAGAAUUACACACUGGAGGACGAAGAGGACUCGCAGAUCUGCACUGUUGGACGCCUCUGGAUCUCUGUAGCCAGGUAUCAGAUCGAGGUGAAUCGGGUCCCUGCUGGCAACUGGGUUCUAAUUGAAGGCUGUGACCAGCCCAUCGUGAAAACAGCCACCAUCACAGAGCCUCGGGGCAAUGAAGAGGCUCAGAUCUUCAGGCCGCUGAAGUUCAACACUGCUUCAGUCAUCAAAAUCGCUGUGGAGCCUGUAAAUCCGUCCGAGCUGCCCAAGAUGUUGGAUGGAUUGAGAAAGGUUAACAAGAGCUACCCAUCCCUUACAACAAAGGUGGAGGAGUCUGGAGAGCACGUUAUCCUGGGUACAGGUGAGCUCUACCUGGACUGUGUCAUGCACGACCUGAGGAAGAUGUAUUCAGAGAUUGACAUCAAGGUAGCUGACCCCGUAGUGACCUUUUGCGAGACGGUGGUGGAAACGUCCUCUCUCAAGUGCUUCGCUGAAACCCCCAAUAAAAAGAACAAGAUCACGAUGAUUGCUGAGCCUCUGGAGAAAGGCCUUGCUGAAGACAUUGAGAACGAGGUGGUGCAGAUUACAUGGAACAGAAAGAAGUUGGGAGAGUUCUUCCAGACCAAGUAUGACUGGGAUUUGCUGGCAGCUCGUUCUAUCUGGGCUUUUGGACCCGACACCACUGGACCCAACAUCUUAGUAGAUGACACACUGCCCUCUGAGGUGGACAAAGCUCUGCUUGGCUCAGUGAAGGACAGCAUCGUUCAGGGGUUCCAGUGGGGAACUAGAGAAGGUCCUCUGUGUGAUGAACCCAUUCGUAAUGUGAAGUUUAAGAUUCUGGAUGCGGUCAUUGCUCAGGAGCCGUUACACAGAGGAGGUGGGCAGGUCAUUCCCACCGCCAGAAGAGUUGUCUAUUCCGCCUUCCUCAUGGCUACACCCAGGCUGAUGGAGCCUUAUUACUUUGUGGAGGUUCAAGCUCCUGCUGAUUGUGUAUCUGCUGUUUACACUGUACUGGCACGCAGGAGAGGUCAUGUGACACAGGAUGCACCAAUCCCCGGUUCGCCUCUGUACACCAUCAAGGCAUUCAUUCCUGCAAUCGACUCUUUUGGGUUUGAGACUGAUCUGCGUACGCACACACAGGGACAGGCCUUCGCACUCAGUGUGUUCCACCACUGGCAGAUUGUUCCUGGUGAUCCUCUGGACAAGAGCAUCGUGAUCCGGCCAUUAGAGCCCCAGCCCGCCCCUCAUCUAGCCAGAGAGUUCAUGAUCAAAACUCGUAGACGCAAGGGUUUGAGCGAGGACGUCAGUAUCAGCAAGUUCUUCGACGAUCCUAUGUUGCUGGAGCUGGCCAAACAGGAUGUCGUGUUGAACUACCCCAUGUGAUGGAAAAUACCUAACAGGUUCAAUUAUUGCCCUCACUUUUCGCCCAGCUACGUCAUAGCAGUAUCAGUCCCCCAAUCACCUGGCACAGAUACUGUUUAAUACUCACUUCUCUAAUGCCAGCAUUAGGAGAUGUUCUAGUGUGGCACAAAGUCCUCUGUUUUUUUUUUUUUUUUGUCUUGUUUGUUUUUUUUAGCUUAGCUUGACAACUUACGAAUGCAGUCAUGCAGUAAGGUAUGAUUAUGGACCAUUCAUUUUCAUUAUGCUGGUAUCUUUUGUCACUUUUAUUGUGCUAGGGAAGAACAGUUCCCCCAUCAAAAAUCAGUUUGUGUCACUGAUAUCUGUGUUUAUAUUUUUUUAUAUCUCAGUACAAGAAUGUUUUGUACAGUAAAAUGAUGAGAAACAGCUCUGUGUCUUUGUCUUUUUCUAGAACAGAUGAUUGUAUAGGUGCUGAAAUAAAUUCAUUUAAACGUGUGCUUAAAUAAUUUUAUAGGAAUAUCUAUUAGGGCUUCCCCAUGUGAUUCUCAUGCUUAAAUAAAUAUAAAAUAUACAGAGCAUUCAUGAAGUAUUGGCACCCUUGGUGAAGAUGGGUAAAAAAAUCUAACCUUUAAUUGACCUCAAUUUUUUACUAAAAUAGAAAUCUGUCCGUAGUGCCGGCUGCGAGGUUUAUAUUAACACACUCCUCCUGAUACAUAAUCAUUUCUACCAUAACAAUUUACACAAGAUUACAGAGGAUGCUUCAGAAUUGAAAAUCGUGUGAUUGUUGGUAUAGUGAGGUUUUCUCUGGAGAUGUUUAUUUAGCGUUUAUGAAGGGCGUCUCCAUUGUCGGAGGGAAAACUUCAGGAUUUCUGACAUGGGAAUUUCUUCAGAAUGUUGUGGCUUGUUGUUAACUUGACAAGCUGCGUUUGCUGUCUCGGAGAGAAAAAGAGAGGUGUGAAGAAACCACUGCUUACAGCUGUUAUAACAAGUGACAACACAAACUAACUCGUUUCACGGAUGUUUCACAAGCGUAACUAUAAAACCGUUAAAAGUACGAGAUGCCAUUCUUGAAUAAAUAAGACCUCGAUAGUGUUGGCAUUUUGCUUGUAGUGUAAGAGGAAUAAAACACUUUGGAACUUGCUGUAAUGUGCCACAACUCAAUCCCACUGUUGAUUAUUUUCUUAUAACGCCACCCCUUUUCUUGUUGUAUAACUUACUUAUUGGAGUUUUCCUACCUGAGAAGCUACACAUAGGCACUCUUACUCACAGUAGGAUGGUGCUACAUCAACAUACACAGCACCAUGACACUGAGGCACCUGAAGGCUGAAAAAUCAUGAUUCGUAGAUAUCUCAAUAGCUUCCUUUUUCUUCAAGAACUUCCCUUCUGUUUGAAGUAGAUUUAAGGGUAUUCCUGGCAUACAAAUUAGUAACCAAAAGGACUAGACUUGUGCUGGGGGUAUUCUUGUUGAUGUUUUUCUUCUUUUUUCACUUGUAUUCUUUUGUCUUUUUCUUCUUUUUCAGUUUCCCUGUUUCUUCUUCUUCUUCUUCAGUUUAUUAGAUGUUGUCAGCUCAUUUCAUAAGAUCCUGAUGCAGUAUGUUGAACAAUAAAAAUGCCAAUUCUGCUGUAAUAUGCUGUAAUUUCCCUUCAAAUGUUAUUUUUCUGGAUUUUGUAGCUUUUACAGUUAAGGUACAUUCACACAUACAACGAUUUUAUCCUUACAAGUCGCCAGUCACUGUACUAUGUACUAAGUCACCAGUAGGUGUUCCUACUACUGGUUGUCAAAGUAACAUUUAUCAUGGAUCUUGCAACUAGCAUUCCACUUGACAACAAACCAGUUUUCUUGCUGCUAAAAUGAAACAUUCUGGGAGAGCGUUUGUAUAUAAAGUUCAAUAUGCAUCAUAUUCUAUGAGAUGAGGGAGAAGCAGUGGGUGCUCUUUGCCAUUGCAGGCAUCUGUCUGCAGUGAAAGCGCAAAUGUCGGACUGUCUGGGAGCAGCAAACUAUUCGGUCUUGCAGGCAGCAUGGUGGAUCAUGGCUCACAUGUCUACGUCUACUGUCUUCACUCCCAUUUGCACCGAGUCGCUCCACAUUUACAUAUAAUUAAACUUUUCUCAAGUUUGUCGCUUCGUGGACACGCCCACAUCUAGUCGUCAACGGUUGCCGUCACUCAUGUUGCCAGAAGUCACCAGCUCUCACUGAAAAUGAAUGGUCACUGGUCGCUUUAUCGCUUGUUUCUUUCUCCUCCCUCCUGGGAGAAGAAAAAUACAAUAUUAGUAAGCUAUGUCAGUCUGGAGGAUGAGAGAAGAAAAGUAUGGUUCAACAAUGCCAGCAGAAGAAACAAGGAUAAUCAUUCCAUAUUUGGCAAAUACAUUUAGCUGCAGGUUCGAGACAGAGCUCAAAUGUUAUCAUGUCUAUGUCCAGAUUUAUUUGCGACAGUUUCUAAUACAUCUAUGCUGGGAGAACAUGAGGACUGCAGUAUAAAGCCAUCCACAA